UAAGGACAAGCGCUUCGUUAGCUGGUUUCGGGAAGCUUGGCCCUAUUUUAGGGCGCAUAGAGGCAGCACCUUCGUUGUCGUUAUUUCCGGAGAAAUUGUCGAUUCUCCGUACUUGGAACCCAUUCUAAAGGAAGUGAGGCCAAGUAUGUUGGUCGAUACCGAAUUACAGAUGUUCACUCUCUGGAAGCAGCAAUGGAGGCAGCUGGUAGAAUCCGCAUUCUGAUAGAAGCAAUGCUUGCUCCUGGACCUUCAAUAUGCAGUAUUCGUCGACAUGGUGAUAAUAGUCGUUGGCAUGAUGUUGGUGUUAGUGUUGCAAGUGGUAAUUUUCUUGCCGCUAAGAAACGAGGAGUUGUUAAUGGCAUCGACUUUGGAGCGACUGGUGAAGUAAAGAAAGUUGAUGCUUCUCGUAUACGUGAGAGGCUUGAUGGAGAUUGUAUAGUAGUAUUAAGCAAUCUGGGUCAUUCCAGCUCUGGGGAAGUUUUAAAUUGCAACACUUAUGAAGUUGCUACUGCUUGUGCCAUAGCUGUUGGAGCAGAGAAGCUCAUUUGCAUUGUAGAUGGACCAAUCUUAGAUGAAAACGGAUGGCUUAUUCGUUUCAUGACCCUACAAGAUGCGGACAUGUUGAUCCGCAAGAGAGCUAAGCAAAGUGAAAUAGCAGCAAACUAUGUAAAGGCUGUUUGUGAGGAAGAUAUCUCUAGUUCUGGAUAUUUUGAUUCUAAUAGGAUGAGCCUUCAUCAUCAGAAUGGGAGUUUCAGUAAAAAAAAUAAUGCAACAUUUCAUAAUGGUGUUGGUUUUGACAAUGGGAAUGGACUGUGGUCUGGUGAACAAGGAUUUGCUAUUGGAGGUGAGGAGCGGUUGAGUAGAUUAAAUGGUUACCUUUCAGAGCUGGCUGCUGCAGCUUUUGUUUGCAGAGGUGGUGUUCAAAGAGUUCAUUUAUUAGAUGGCACCAUUGGUGGAGUUUUGUUACUAGAGUUGUUUCAAAGAGAUGGAAUGGGGACUAUGGUGGCUAGUGAUCUUUAUGAAGGAACAAGGGCGGCUGCAGUGAUGGAUAUCCAUGGAAUAAAACAAAUUAUAAAGCCUCUGGAAGAUUCUGGGACUUUGGUUCGGAGAACUGAUGAAGAGCUACUUGAAGCAUUGGAUUCAUUCAUCGUCGUGGAGAGAGAAGGUCAAAUUAUUGCAUGUGCUGCUCUUUUUCCUUUCGUUGAAGAGAAGUGUGCAGAAGUUGCUGCUAUUGCCGUGUCUCCUGAGUGCCGUGGAGAAGGGCAUGGGGACAAAUUACUUGAUUACAUUGAGAAGAAAGCGUCAUCCCUUGGGUUGGAGAGGCUUUUUCUGCUUACUACCCGAACUGCAGAUUGGUUUGUGAGGCGUGGCUUCUUAGAGUGUUCCAUUGAGUCUAUUCCUGAAGCAAGGAGGAAAAGGAUAAAUCUCUCCCGUAGAUCGAAAUAUUAUAUGAAGGUGCUGCAGCCAGACAUGAGUGGCAUUACAGUUCGUAGGGAGUUGAAUUAAGAUGGCCAAAUCAUGAGAGCAUGAGAGCGUGCUACUAUUCCUUGGUGGUAUGUAGCUCAUUUAGAUCUGCUGACUAGUGUAGGAUCUAUUGUAGCAGGGGUCUCAACAAUUGUAGAUGGUAAUAUCGUAGGUAGGUUUCUGAGUGCUCUACCACCAACCCCCUCCCCCCAAAAGGUGUGGCAGGGAACAGGGUUGUGAUCAGAAGAGCCCCACCAUUUUUUUGUUUGGUUAAGAACGUAAUGAUAAUGAUAAAAAUAGAAGAAAAAAAAAAGGAAGGAAUUUUAUUGGCAA